GUGGGAGGAGAAGCUCAGUGACACGAAGGAACGGUUCUACCUGGAGGUCGCGACGGGACACACGCAGUGGGAGCUUCCUCUGGAUGGCUGGGUGGAGCUGGUAGACGACGACGGUGAGAAGUACUACUGGGAUCCACUUCGCGACCACACCCAGUGGGACCCACCCGUAUGA